GGCGUUUUAAAGGCGUGUGCGUAUUGUUUUUUACUAAGGAAGUAGGCUUUUCACUAUUGCGUUCAGUUUAACUUUAUGGAUUUGUUACUAGAUAUAUUGUAAAGCUGCCAAUAGUGGAUACACCUAUAAAUAGUAUUAUUCCACUUUCAAAUAAGAUCAACAGAAUGUCGGAGACCAAAAAUCCGACGAGUCAGCAAAGCGAACCUGAAGAGUUGAAAUUAAAAAGACAAGUUGGAUUAGUUGGCGGCAUCAGUCUUAUAGUUGGGACAAUUAUUGGAUCUGGAAUUUUCAUAUCCCCCAAGGGAGUAUUCCUCAAUGCUGGUUCCGUGGGAGCUGGAUUACUUAUAUGGUUUUUCUGCGGAGUUCUUUCAACAUUUGGAGCUUUGUGCUAUGCCGAACUUGGAACCAUGAUCCCAAAGUCUGGCGGAGAAUUCCCUAUCUUAUUAGAAGCAUUUGGUCCCAUACCUGCUUAUCUAUUCGCUUGGACAGCUACAGUUGUUCUCAAGCCUUCAUCAUUGUGCCUUUUAUCGCUUACUUUUGCAAAGUAUGCGCUAACACCUGCUUAUGGCAACUGUGAGAGCGUCCCAGAAUCCGCCACAAAACUUGUGGCCGCUUGUUUGAUUCUCAUAGUUGUUUUUAUAAACUGUGCAAGUGUGAAGCUAUCAACAAAAGUCGUCACUUUUUUCGGCAUUGGAAAAAUUCUAAGCUUGAUUAUUAUAAUUAUUGCUGGAAUCGUACGACUUGGUCAAGGUUACACACAAAACUUCCAGAGUUCAUUUGAAGGGACCACACCUGGUGUACGUGAAGUAACACUUGCAUUCUAUCAAGGUCUAUGGGCUUUUGACGGUUGGAAUCAACUUAACUAUGUAGUAGAAGAAUUAAAGAAUCCUUACAAGACCCUACCUCGAGCUCUUGUUGCCUCCAUGUUAAUUGUAACCGGUCUCUACCUCUUAACCAACGUCUCCUAUCUUACUGUGAUGUCAUUAGAUGAAAUUUUGUCGUCAAAUGCUGUUGCAGCUAGCUUUGGCGAAGUUGUCUUAGGUUUCAUGGUUUGGAUUAUCCCGUUCUCAGUUGCAGCAUCUGUGUUUGGAACAUGUGUUGGUUCUUGCUUCACAGCUGGUCGUAUAUCGUAUGCUGCCGCAAGAGAAGGACAUUUCAAUCAAGUUUUAGCAAUGGUUCAUAUUAAACAUUUCACCCCAGCACCUGCAGUUAUUCUGAAUGGCACAAUUGCAUUGCUAAUGGUGAUUCCAAAUGACUUUGAUAGCUUGGUGAACUACUAUAGUUUUGCAACAUGGGCAUUCUACUUCACCACUUGCAUCACUGUUUUGUACUUUAGAUACAAAAUGCCAGAUCGACCUAGACCAGUUAAGGUGCCAUUACCCAUUCCGAUCAUAUUUUCUCUGUCUUCCUUGUGCUUAGUGCUUGCCCCAAUAAUAGAUGACCCACAAAUACAAUAUCUAAUUGCUGUGGUUACAAUCUUACUUGGACUUGUGUUUUACUUUCCAUUUGUGCAUUUUAAGUUGAAAAGCCAAGCAAUAAGAAAUUUCAACAUAUUUUUGCAGAAGACAUUAAUGGUUUCCUUACCUGAAGAAACUACCGUCUGAGAUAAAAGUUUUAUAUUUCGGUACAAACUGUAAAAGUUUUAUUAACUUUCGUUAAGAGAUUGUCUAAAUGGAUCUCAUGCUAUAUGAUAUACGUUCUAGCCAGCUUUUAAGUUACUUAAUGUUGUAACGCCUAGUGUACUACAAGACAUUGUGAAAAGUCUUUUGAUGUUUUGAAAUUGUAGUUGUGAUUAGCAGUAGCACUGUAUGUAUUAUUGUAUUUUCAUUUAAUACUCUCUCUGUGACAUUCUAAAACUGACUGAGUAUUGUAUUUUAUAUGGAUCUGACCAAUUCAUCUAAUAAUAUUUAUGUGACAUUUCAUUCUAAAACCGACUUAAAAUAUGUGUAAUGUGUUUUAUAUUUUGUCUGAUCAAGUUUCUAUCUUCCAAUCUCCCAAAGCACUAUCUUUACUCACUGUAUUAACUGUUUAAACGCAAAAUACUUCAAUGUGUGGAUGUUUUUCUUUGUCGAUUCUUCAGCGGAUUAUUUUAAACUCAACUGUUAUUUUUAAAUGACAUUGUGCUAUGCGUAUGUUAAAAUACAAUAAAUAAUGUGGUAUCUA